CCCCCAGACCCACACGGCUAAUCUCCAAAACCAAUUCUAAUCUCCCCCUCACCCACACCACUCUCCACCUCUACCUUCUCACCACGUCAUCCAUUCCCCGCACGGACCUUAGGUCAACCUAUCAACCCCACCUCACAACCCAAAUUAAACACCAUCCUCCGUCUCCCUAACCUCUUUUCUUCCCCAGCCCACAAUCAUCAAGUGGACUAAAGUCUAGACCAAAAAAUAAAAAAAAAAUUCAAGAAAUAAAAGGACCCAAAAUAAAAAAAAACCCAUUCAAAUUCAACCACUGCCUCCCUCUUCUCCACUCUGCUAUACAAUACUCUCCACUCUCUCUUCUUCUCCAGUGACGUAGGGCCCAUGGAGACCUACCCUUACCCGCCGUCUUAUCCUGAUUCCGGCGAUUCCUCUCCCCGGUCCCGCGAAAUUGACUUCGAAAACCCAGCCCCCUGGGAGGACUCCCAGAACCCCCAACAAUCCGUCGCCUCUAAAGUCAAAUUCAUGUGUAGCUAUGGCGGCAAAAUCCACCCCCGCCCCCAUGACAAUCUGCUGUCUUAUGUAGGCGGCGAGACUAAAAUCCUAGCCGUCGAUCGUAAUAUUACGUUUGCAUCUCUGAUCGCGAAGCUAUCGUCGCUGUGUGAUUGCGCCAGCGUUUCGUUCAAGUAUCAGCUUCCCGGGGAAGAUCUUGAUGCGUUGAUCUCCGUGACAAAUGAUGACGACCUUGAACACAUGAUGCAUGAGUAUGAUCGGCUUUACAGGGCGUCUCCGAAGCCCGCGAGGUUGAGGUUGUUUCUGUUUCCGGCGAGUCCUGCGCCUUCGUCGCAGUCGCCGACGGUCGUUGGGGCGAGGAGUUUUGGCUCUGAUGAUCAGGUGAUUAAGUCUGAGAAAGAGAGGUUUGUGGAGGCUUUGAACUCUGGGCCUAUUCAGACCUCUCCUCCGCCGUCCGCCGUGACUGCGUCUCCGCCUCAGACCGCGAAUGUGGAUUUUUUAUUCGGGUUGGAGAAAGGAAUGGUUCCACCGCCUCUGCAGCAGCAGCAUCAGCAUCAGCAUCAGCAUCUGCAAUCUCCUCCGCUUCCGGCUGGGGUGAAAUUAAGAGAUCCGGUUGCUGAACAGGCUUUGCAUGAGCAUGAAAUUCCGGGUCCGGCUUUGGAUGACAGAGUGAUCGGGUCGGAUUCGAUCCAGAAACACAUUCAGGAUCUUCAGAGGUUGAGGAUUGAAGAGCAGCAGGGGUUGUACCGCAGGAAGAGCGACGAUAAUCUCGCAGGAGGAUAUCCCGUGGGAGGCGGGGGUGAGUAUUACGUUCAGAAAGUGCCGGAGAAGGUUGCUCCGGUAUCCGUGCCCGGAACCAUGGCCAUACCGACGGCAGGAUACUGGCCGCCUGAGAAGCAAGUGGCAGGUGGGGUUUUCCCGGCGAGUACUUUCGGCACAGAUCAGCAAGUAUACAUGAUCCCAGCUCCGGCGGGAGCGUACCACCCGCAGAUGGUAAGACCGGUGACUGGGCCCACGGGGCAAGGGUACUACACCGUUCAGAGGGUGCCAGAGAUGUACCGGGAGCAGCAGCAGCAGCAGCAGUACAAUGUUGCGCCGCAAAUGGGGGCUCCGGUACAGUCCGUUGCGGCGCCGCCGCCUAGCCUUGCCCCUCAAGGACCGCCCACCAAAAUAACAGGAGGAGGAGGAGGGGGGGCUUACACAGACGGAUAUGGGAUGGUGAGAUCGGCGACGUCAGGCGGAGUUGGGGUGACGGAGACGGGGUACGGACAGGUGGCGUACGAUAGUGGACUUGGGAGACAGGUGUACUAUCCAGCGCAGGGAGGCGUAAAUGUAAUGGGGGGCCCAUCACCACAAGCACAACAAUAUCAUCAUGCCAUGGCUGCUUCCACUGCUGCUGCUACCAUGGGUGACGUCAGAGCGCUAAAUCAGGAAGCGGGUAAGGUUGUUCCGAAGGCUACGCAAGCUUCCUUGUGAAAGCGAACGUCGCAUAAGUACUACUAUUACCUAGUAGCGAGUAAUAAUUACAGUUACGGAGUAAAAAAGCAGUAAAAUAAAAUUCAUGCUGUUAUUAAAAUAAUAAUUAUAAAAAAAGAGCUAAAAAUCAUAUGAGCAGAGGGAUUUACUGCUGCUGCUGCUUUAGUAGUAGUACUAUUGUUAAUUUUGGUUUUACUCCUCUUUAUGUCAUUGUUGUGUUGAGAAAAAGUUCCAUUAUUCCUUAGAUCUUAGUAGUGAAUUAGCGUUCUAUGUAAAUUGACGUGGAAAUUAUAUCGGCUUUGGUUUGUUGGGGUCAA